UGGCUACAAAAUUGCGAGCCCCAAACUUUACCUUUUUUUGUAUAUUUUAUCGAUCCCCAAUCUUUUUCUGAUCCAGAUUGGUACAGAUCGAUCCGUUCGAUCUCAAUUCCACUCCUUAUUCGUUCAAUUAGUCCUCUUCUGGACCGAUUGAUUCCAAUUUUGUUCAUCGCGACGCCCUCGAUUCAAUUCUAGGGUUAGGGUUUGUAAAUCCCAGAAAUCUUUCGAUCGCGAAUUCUUUUUGCCAAAUUCGUUGAGUAUCCGCGUCUAGAUUAGCCUUUCCCGAUAAUAAUUCAUCUCUCUCUGUCGAAAAUUUUCGUAUUCUUCCAAAAUUUGUAUUUUUAUUUAAAAAAAAAUUUAUACCCAAAAAAUAAUCUGUUUUUAUUUUUAUUUUUAUUUUCUCAGUUUUGUGGCAAACCCACUAUCUAAAAUUGUAUCUAUAAUUGGGUUCUGAUUCGUGCGGUGCUUUUGCUAAUUGUUUGAAAGAUAAUUCUUCCAGUUGCAGUUGAGAAAGAAUGAUAAACAAGAGACCUUAUGGUGAUGAAGAUUCUUAUGAAGUAGCUUCUAAGCACCCAAGAGAAUGCUCUUAUGAGGUUGCUCCAGUUGUGGAUAUUGUUACUUUUCAGAAUGAUCCUCAAAAAUCCUUUUCGGUUGAUGAAGGCAAGAGCAGUUUUGAGAAAUGUCGAGACGAACGGAAAUUCACAAGUGAUUUGAUCACUGAUGUCUCAAAAGAGAGUAGAGAAGCUGAAAAUGGACUUUCUGGUGGCACUUCCCAUUAUUUGUGGGUCAACAGUAAUAUUAUUGAAGCAGAUCUAAGGCUGGAGACGGCUUCUCAUCUAUCACUUUUUCCAGAAUUCUUUGAACACGGAGACCGUCUGAGGGUUUUACUACAAUCAGAUGACAUUUAUGCGUCGUCUUCAGUUGAUUACCCUCCUCAAAAGUUAGUUGCUGUUGGACCAGAACAUCAAGCUUGUGUUCCAGAAUGGCAUCCACGGGGUUCUAACUCUUCGGAUUGUCAAACUGAUUUGCAAAUGCUUAAUGCUGAUGAGGAAAAGAUGGGCAUUUGUGUCUUUCCAAUGCCUAAGCCCGACGUUUCUUUAAAUUAUUGCUCUGAGGAUGAUGGGGUAAGCAGAAAUGAGUGCAGGUGCCUUGAUGGGGGUUCUGUUAGAUGUGUGAGACAACAUGUGAUGGAAGCUAGGGAAAAACUAAGGGAAAAAAUGGGGUCGAAACUAUUUGAGGAGUUGGGUUUUUGUGAGAUGGGAGAGGAUGUUGCUAAGCAAUGGACGGAAGAGGAAGAACAGAUUUUUCAUGAGGUCGUUCUUUCAAACCCCGCAUCACUGGGUAAGAACUUUUGGGAUCAUCUUCCAGUUGCUUUUCCUUCUCGAACUCACAAGGAUCUUGUAAGCUAUUAUUUUAAUGUCUUCAUGCUUCGGAAGCGUGCCGAACAGAAUAGGUUUGACCCCCUAAACAUUGAUAGUGACAAUGAUGAGUGGCAACAGAGUGAACUUGCCGUGGUAGAGGAUGACGAGGACUCUGUGGUAGAAUCUCCUAUCGAUCAAGAUGCUCCAUAUUAUUGUCAGGAAGAGCAUUUGGAGGAUUGCCAUGAAGACUUGGACGAUGCAAACAAGGUGGAUGCUUGUGAAGGCGGUGUUGAUCUGGUUUGUCAGGUUGGAGCUGAUGAAGAAGAUGGAGGGGAUAUAGAUGAUGGAUCCGAGGCUUUUGCUAAGGACUCACCUGGUAAUUUUUGUGACACCAAGAUUGAUGUGCUGGGCAAAACCCCUGGCAAUAAUAGGGGGGAUAUCGAUGUUCAAGAUUAUUCCUGCACAUCUUAUGAGUGUCAGCGAAACAGGAUAGAACUCUGUUGUCCACUUGACGAUGGAAAUCUGAGUUCCAAUGCAAGAGACUGUAGUGUUGGAUGAUGUUAUCACUUUUCAAUACACGCAGAUAUGUUUACGAUCCUUGCAAUAAAAAUAAGAACAAAAAACUUGGAUUUUUAAGAAACAGAAAAAAGUUUAGUCGUCUAUGAAUAUACUCUCGGGAAGGUUAGCCACUGUUAAGCAUGUGAAGCUGACCGGGGUCUGUUUAUUGUUCCUUUUACGGAUUGUGUCGGUUCUGUGGGCAUCAUUUCUUAGAGAAUUUUCAACCGAUAAGGGAUGAUCAUCACAAAUAAGAAUCAUAAAAGCUGGUGAUGGGUGAUUGACCUUCCAAAAAACCAUUCCUCUUGUUUCUCCUUUUGAAUGUUUUACACGUGUUGGCAGUGGCAUCAUUAGAGAGUAUUUUCUCAGUAGGUAAUUGAUGUCCAUGGGCGCGUCAAAAGGAACUCUCGUGGAAGCUUGCUUUCAGCAUGGUAUGGUUCUGAAAUCUGAAGCCAAGGUUUUUCCCAUUAGAAGUGAAUAAAAGAAGUUUGUUACACGCUGUUUCACUGUAUGAUUCUCAUUAUUUAUCAGAAACGACCAGACAUUCUGUUUCUUUAUCGCAACUCUCUUUUUUGUUUCUUUUCUUAUUUUGGCAAUGUACCACUAGCAAUAUGGUUCUCUCUCAGUGUCAGUAUCAAUAAUAUUCAUUUUUGUCA